AUGUCGGCCACCUCGGGGCCCAGCCUGGCGCCCACCAGGGACGUGGGCGAGAUCUACAACUGGACGGAGCUGCUGCACUUCUUCAACCACACCCUGCCCGAGUGCCACGUGGAGCUCAACGAGAACACGAAGCGCGUCGCCCUCUUCGUGGUCUACCUGGCCAUCUUCGUGGUCGGGCUGGUGGAGAAUCUCCUGGUGAUCUGCGCCAACUGGCGGGGCUCGGCCGGCGCGGGGCUGCUGCGUCUCUACGUCCUCAACAUGGCCAUCGCCGACCUGGGCAUCAUCCUGUCCCUGCCCGUGUGGAUGCUGGAGGUCACGCUGGACUACACCUGGCUCUGGGGCAGCUUCUCCUGCCGCUUCACCCACUAUUUCUACUACGCCAACAUGUACAGCAGCGUCUUCUUCCUGGCGUGCCUCAGCGUGGACCGCUACCUCACCCUCACCCGCGCCUCCGCCUCCUGGCAGCGCCGGCAGCACCGCGCGCGCCGCGCCGUGUGCGCCGGCGUCUGGGUCCUCUCGGCCCUCAUCCCGCUGCCCGAGGUGGUCCACAUCCGGCUGGUGGACAGCUUUGAGCCCAUGUGCCUCUUCAUGGCGCCGUUUGAAACGUACAGCACGUGGGCCGUGGCGGUGGCCCUGUCCACCACCGUCCUGGGCUUCCUGCUGCCGCUGCCGCUCAUCGCCGUCUUCAACGUGCUGACGGCGCGCCGGCUGCGGCAGGCGGGGCAGCCCGCGGGCCGGCGCCACUGCGUGCUGCUGGCCGCCUACGUGGCCGUCUUCGUGGUCUGCUGGCUGCCCUACCACCUGGCCCUGCUGCUGCUCACACUGCACGGCGCGCACAUCUCCCUGCAUUGCUACCUGGCCCGCCUGCUCUACUUCUUCUACGACGUCAUCGACUGCUUCUCCAUGCUCCACUGUGUGGUCAACCCCAUCCUUUAUAACUUCCUCAGCCCCAGCUUCCGCGGCCGGCUGCUCAACGCCGUGGUCCACUACCUCCCCAAGGCCCAGACCAGGGAGGGCAGACAGGCCUCCUCCUCCCGCUCCUCCUCCUCCACGCAGCAUUCCAUCAUCAUCACCAAGGAGGGCAGCCCGCCCCCUGCAGCCCGCCCCCACCACCUCCCCAGCCUGCACUUCCAGGCUGCACCUGCCCCGCCCGCCUCCGCCCCUCGGUCUCUCGUAGGCAGCUGA